UAGGGGGGGGUUGCCUGGUUUAUCUUAAAUAUACAAAACCCCCCCCUAAUCUGGGACGGCUUGACCUCACAGGUGUCAUUCCUUGGGGUGGCCCCAAAUCUGCCUUCGCGUAGGGUUGGCCAAUAAGGAAACAGUUCCCAGAAUUCCUCGCUAUUUAUUGCGCUCAGCACUAAACUACAACUCCCAGGAUUCCGCGCGCUGUUGGGGGCGGGGUCUGCCGGUGGCGUCUCCCGCGAAGAGAUGGCUGAGCCGUCCAAGUCGCCCCACCGUUCUCUGUACAAACUGGCGGGUUCUCCUCCUUGGAAAGAGACUUUCAAAAAGGGAUGCCUGGAGAGAAUGAGAAACAGCCGCGACAGAGUUCUGAACAGAUACCGCCAGGCUGAGGGCAACGUACCAGGGAGCACUCAGACCGCCCUUCUGGUGCAGGAGGUGAUGGAAGAAGAGUGGAACGCUUGGCAGCCAGUGAAGAGCUCUCCAGAGGCCCUGGCUCAGUUGAAGGAGCUGAUAGAUCUGAGUGAGCUAGAGGAGAUCCAGCAGGAGCUGUUUGACCAAGAACAGUCUAUCAUCAGGGAAUAUGAGAAGAACCUGCAAUUUGAUGAAAAGAAUCUCAACAUUAUUCUUGCUGAGUGGGAAGCAAACCCCCUCAUCUGCCCUGUGUGUACAAAGUGCAACCUGAGAGUAGCAGAUGGUGUGGUCAGCUGUCAGUGUGGCCUGCGCAUUCCCUCUCAUUCUCCAGAGUUGACAGAGGAGAAACUUCGUGCCCGUUUAGAGGACAGUAUGAAUGAGCACAGUUUAUACUGUCGUCACACACCUGAAUUUUCAGUCACGGUAAUGGCAGAAGAACACCCCAGUCUUUUCAUGCGCUGUCUGGCCUGUGGUAUUUGGACUAUGAUCCUGUAGAGCCAGUCCUGACGGCAUCUGUCUACUGGGUUGGAAACAGCUGGUCUCAUCUGAGGUGGGGCCUUGUAAAUAAUAACAACCUUUUAUUUAUUUUGUGUUAAAACUUUUCAAACAUCUCUGCUUGUUUCAUAAUGGAGUAGAAUACAAACAAAAGAUCUUGGAGAUAAGCCAA